CCGCCCUUGCCUAACAACGGGACAAGCGGAGCAGCUAAGGUGUCACCAAGGUAGAUCAGGCUUCCAAAAUGGCCGACGAGGACAGAGGCAGCGACCGGGACUCGGACGACCAAAGGUCCGACGAGGACUUCGCCGACUACGAUCUAGACCGGAUCCGUGCGGAAAUUCAGCAGGAAAAGCAAAUGAAGGAAAUGUUGGACCAGUCCACCACUGAGCUGAAACUGACAGUUUCUGAACUGGAGAAGAGAUUUGACGGAGUUGAAGAUGAAGGUAAUGAGUGGAAGACUCGUUACGAGACCCAGGAGGAGAUGAACAGUCAGCUGGACAGACAGAUCAUCCUGCUGAGACAGAAACUGGAGGAGUCCAAACAGAACAGCAAGGACGGGAAGAACGCCGCCAGCGUGCGCACCUUCGACGAACUGUCUGAUGCCAGUCUUAAGAAACUGAUGAAGCAGAUGGAGAAGGAGAAGCAGAGUCUUGAGGGACAACUCCGGGACUACGAGUGGAGACUAGAUCAGGAGUCCAAGGCCUUUCACAAGGCAAACGAUGAGAGAAAACAGUACCUGACAGAAAUUCAUCAGGCUCGUCUUGCGAUUGAAGACAAGAAGCGGCGGGAACGCGUGUCACUCGACGCUGAUGUUGUCGCAGUUACUGGGAAGAUAGGCAUGUCGCCACGAGACGUUCCAAACAACCAGAGAAUCCUCGACCCCAAGAAGGGCCCCAUCAAGAAGACGGCCGCGGUCAAGAAGCUUCCGAAGUUAAAGAAGUCUCCCUCACCGCAGAGGAAAAGUCAAAGCCCGGAACGGAGCCCGCGAAGCGACCAGUCCAAGUCACCGGGGUCAAACUGAAGGACUACACACAGUUUAAAGACUUGGCUUGAAGCUAUGGAAGAAAACUUGCUGUUCUGCAACAUUUCAUGAAGUUGCUGUUAGGCAAAGUUUAACAACUGGCCCUUAACAUACGCCAUUAUCCAAUUGGCUGAAGUAAAAUAUUAGUCUGUAACUUUUUGAUUGGAGUGGGGGGCAGUUCAGGUGAACAUUCGUUGAGAAGCAAAUUAACAAUCAAUUAGGCCAUGUGAAGUCAAGUCUUGCUUUGGGGCUUUUCAUAAGAAAUUUAAAUGAAGUAGGCAGACCAAAAGAAUAUGGAGAGAAACAGAUAUCCAGUCAAAAUGAGUCUAUGUACCAUGCUGGUAAGUGUGGCAAAAAUUCAGUUUUAGUUUAAUGAAAUUAAACGAAUGAACAUUUGGGAGUUGUUUCAAAUCUUUAACUUAAGGAUGUGUGCUCUCUUAAAACAAAAACUGAAGCAGCAUAUCAAGAAAUAAGAUAGGUGUGGAUCCAGAUAUAAAGUUAUUCUUUUCUGCAAGAUCUUGGAGAGGUACUUAGUUAAGGUGCACAACGGUUUUAGCCAAUAACUUGACUACAUGAGUUGUAAAUACAGAAUGCGUUCUUGAAAAGAAGUUCUCCAUAGAGUUACUAUUUAUAUGAUAGGUGUCAAUCACCUGAAACAAUGUUUGUUAGUAAGUUCGAGGAGGUUAGCCUCCUUGGUAAGUUGUAUUCUAGUGUUGCUGUGGUUGUGCAGAUAUCUAUUCUUAAUCUUGGGAAAUGUACAAACAAUUGUGGCUCAUAUUGCUGGCCAUAGACAGGGUUUUAAAUCAAUUAUUUUAAGCUAUAAAAAAUAGUCAUUGCUAAAGUAAUUUUGCAUUCAGAUUCGUGUCAAUAUUUUACUUUGCAGAUGACAAGUUGGUGGUGUGUAGACAUUUGUCUGAUUUGUCUAAGCAGAAUAUACUACUAGUAUACUUUUUGUAGAAUAAAAGAGACGCAAGUUCAGUCUUCCUAAAAUUAUAUGGAAAGAUAUCAUCUUGUGUAAGAACUAGAGCAGACAAAAAGUUGUCAACCAUACUACUUUUUAUUAAAGCAGCCGACAGGGUAUACA